AUGCACGGCGUGCACAACGAGGUCAUGUCCUCGUCGUCGUGCGGCCUGGAGCACAACAAGGAUCGGCGAAGUGCCAGCCAGGGCGGCUCCAAGGUUCCGGCAGCCUCCACAGCAGUACGAGGGGACACUGCCGCCGCCAAGCGGGGCCCCGUGCGUCGCCGCUGCAGCUCGGGCUCCGAGCGUUGCAGGAAGCAGCUUUCCGCGCUGAAUACCGAGCAGAGCGGCGCGCAGAAGAUCCGCGCGCGCAUUCAGACUUGCCUGGAGAGCCGUGCGGGCAGUGGCACCUGUGGGAGGCCCCUGAGCCGAUGUCGCCGGGCUCCGCGCGCGGCCGCAGCUGUUGUUGCCAGCACGGCGACGAGUGCGGGUACGACCAGCCGCGACGAGGAGUCUAGCAACGUCGUCGCGGAUGCAGAGCCCAGGCUCAAUGCCUCGCACCUUGGAAAAGCAGAGGUCAAGCACCGAAGCCCAUCUCGCUCCACGUCGGCUGGUCUGAGCCAAAGAGCUUUGACAGGAACCAGCGCGCCGACGCCGGAGCUGCGGCCGCCGCCUCGUGCCGGUCCUCCUCCCGCGGCCUUCGCGCCUCCCAAGAGGGCCCUGCAGUCUUUGGGCGCAGGGACACCUCCUGAGACAGCCACCGAGGCUGCCGCCAGCGCGGCGCCCACCGCGUCCCCAGGCGUCACGGCCGUCGGCGACAGCCAUCAGUUGCUCCAGGUCUACCGCAACAUCUUUGAGGAAGUCAUUCUGCGGGACGGCGAGUACGGUGCCACACUGCGGAAGGUGAAAGGCGUCUACGAGUCCUACUUCCUGGAGGUUCAGCGAGAGAAUGCUCGACUGCGGGACUUCGUGGCCACCUUGCAGCGUGCCCUUCAGGGCAGAGGUGUUGCGCAGGCCCCCAUUCGGUGGACGGCGCCGAGUCCCGAUCGGGACUUGGCCACCGCCUGGGCUCAACCUGAGCAGCAUCAGGUGAGCGCAAGUUCGCCUCCGCGGCCUUUCGCUCGGCCGGCCUCGGUGCCGAGGCUUGAUCUACAGUCCCUGUCGCCCACGCGGAUGGCCUGA